AUUUCAGUUUGGAAGCUUUCUAUUUUAUUAUCGUGCGCGUGAAGAAUCACAAAACGAUGAAGUACCUUUGGAUAAUUCGAUCUCUAUGGAUAUUGUUCAUGAUUAUUUCUAUCGCUACAAUGACCGAAAAUAUAACACGGAAUCCUAAUUGUCCUUGCCGAUCAAUCGACGAAUGUUUAAAUGAAAUUCGAAGCAAUUCUAAAAAUUCUAAACUUGUUUCAUUUUUCUCACCUUGUGAAUCUUCACAAGAUGAGAUUAUGAUUAGAUGCUGCACUUUCCAUACGUCUAUAAAUAAGUUUUUCUUAUGUGUUUCGCAAAAUAACACUUCGAGGGAGCAAAUAAAGUGUAUAUUGCAUGAAAAGUUAAGGAUGAUACAUCUAAUUAAUUUUCUCGGACAAAUGAAAUAUUCUUCGUCGAUGAUGGAAGAACUAACAUCUGAAAUUUUAUCACCUUCCACAAAUUCUAUGCACUUAGAAUACACUGGACCAAGAAUAAGCGGUGCAAGGGGUUUAAAGAGUACAGAGUCUAAUAAUUCCAAGAAAAUCAUACAAGAUAUGAUAGCUGUUAUAAAGACUAAUCAGGUCCAAUCGCUUGUUGCUAUUUAUCCCAAUGAUUUUGAGACAGAUGUAACAAAGAUAAAUUUAACAGACAAAAAGAUGAUCCCGCCAUCGCCUAUCGAAAACAAUUUCUUUGUGAAAACCGAUGCACAUUCUUCGUUCCCUAUAGAAAAUACGAAAUAUGUACCGUCUUUUUUAAGCGGCAACAUCGACAGCAAUAAUCCAUAUGCUCCAAAACAAGAAAUAUAUAUCGAAAAUGUCGACGAGACAAAGGCCCGUUAUGAAAAGAAAUCGAUGGUAUCGUCAUCAAUGUCGAAGGAUGUCCCCACGACGCCUGCGGUUAAUUCCUUCGAGCAGAAAACAUCGUCAGAGACAUUUCUCUCGCUCGAUCGCAUUUCCACUCAGCCGAUCAAUAAAAACACACCGACAAACAAGUCCGAAGCACAGAGGAACAACAGCAAUAUCAACGUAUUUAUCACCGCAAAAAGGAGCCCGCCGUUUUCGGUAAACGCGCAAAAAAAUCAGCGAUUGACGGUGGGCGAAAUAAAUUCGGGGAAUAAGUUGCACGAAGAAGAAACGAAUUGGAAUCAUCGUGAGUUUCCGUUCGUCGAAAAUACAAAGGAGAUGACUUUGCCAAGAAUAAGGGACGAUCCUCUUCAAGCAUCGACGCGUAAUAAACGAAUGACUGCGCCUAUCAUAUCGCAAAAAGAUAUCCUGAACAAAAACACUGAGGAAGCGGAGUAUAAAAAUAAUACCACUCGAAAGAAAAACACGAAGCCGUCGUUUCAAAAUAAUCAAUCUGAGGUGAGAAUCAAAGAGGAGAGAAAAGGAUCUACAAGUGAGAAUGCAACAAAGAAUUUUGCAGUGAUUUAUGCAGCUCUUCCGAUGCAAAGAUUCAGAUUCCCGCCUAAAUUUUUGCCAGCAAGACUUAAUAAGCCACGUACAGAAGAACGUAAUUCUACGAUAAGAAUUGAAAAAUUUCAGAAUCUCGAUCGAUUCUCCUCGAGUCAUUUUCAACAUUUUUACAAAGCGAAAGAGGAUCUUUUAUUAAAAAUUAAUAAUAUAACGAAGUUUGAAAAGAUAAAAUCAUCGACACAUUUCGAACUUCUCUCAAAUGCCUCUCAGGCGUAUUUAUCCAGAAAUAAAAAUACAAAAGCUUUAAAAAAUUCCGAGGCAAUAAGAGAUGCGAUAAAUAUUAUUAAAAUGUCUAAUGUCAGCGCACUUAAUGAUUCUAUAAAUAUCGACAAAAAUGAUUCGUACGAGUAUUCAGCAUCGAAUUUGCAAAACGCAUUUCUUACAUCAAACAAAAUUGCAUCUCAUCUAAAUACGUCUUUACAAGAAAUUGAAAAGUCAUCAAUGCAAAUGGAAACAAUGACAUUUAACGAUGAUACAUCUUCGACACCUAAAAACAAUUCGAAAAUGUCAUCGGAAACAAUCGUGCAAAAUAUCACAGAUAAUUUAAAGCAGUUAUCCAAAAUAAAUGAAGAUAAUGCUCAGAAAUAUUUUAGUACUAAAUCGUCAAUUGAUAACCAAUUAAAUCAAAAUAAAACCAAAUCUGCGCAUCUUUCUGAAUUAUCGAUUUCAUCUGUAAAUGCAGAUGAACAAAUGUCGGAUGCAAGCACAGAUUAAUAUUGCGGAUAUUUAGACAUUAUGAGACGAUAAAAUAAUUAAUUGAAAAUUAAUUACUAAAAAUAAA